AUGUUGAUCCCUUUCAGCUCUCUUCUCACUUUCCCUGAUAUCGAUAGCAAUUCGCAAGGAAUACGCCGCCCGCCUUCGAAUAACCCAAAAGACAACAAAAAACGCAGCAUUCUUCCACCUCCAACUUCACACUUUGUAUGCACCACAAACUUUCCCGCUCCAGCUUCUUUCUUACCUUGGCAUUAUGCAAAACAUACCCUAAAGAAUAAUGGAACUGUCAUCUGGGUAGGCUGUACAGGUACAGGUGAAGAACAUGUUCGACAAACGCUACGUAAAGCCGGUGCUACUUCCAACGCAAGUAGAAAUGCUCACCUUACAUCCAAAUUGGUCUACUUUGAUGCAUUCGAAGCCAUGCAAGGUGGUUCGAAGCUUGAACAUGCUUCAAGCUCUGCAACUGGAAGCGAUUCAUCUCGACUAGCUCUCUUGCGUUUACAGCAUCGUUUGGAACAAGUUCUCGAACGUAUCCCUCAAGCUGACUCUGAAGAAGAUGAUGAUGGAACUCAAUCGCCGAUCCUUGUCAUCAUAGAAGAUGCUGCCGCUUUGGCAUGGACAAUCGAACGCUUGACAUCAGACUCAAUAGAUGUAUUUGGUGAAGAAGGCAAAGAUGAAACGACAAAGCAAGCUGAUGAUGAUAAAGCAAAUCAAGAUCCACGUAUUCAACUCUUACGUGAAAAGCGUCGAAUGGGAAAUGGAACGGCGAUCCAUAAAGAUGAAAUCGGACAUUUGUUCGGUCAAUUCAUCAUUGAUCAAAUUUGGAAACAAACUUGCGUUCCUGCAAAUGCUGUUCUUCUCACUCAUCUUACCACCGAUAAUACUUCCAUCGAGCCGCCUAAAUCUCAUCUCCCGGCAACAAGAGGUGGAUCAUAUGGUGUUGGAACAGGAUUUGACGCAGACGACGCCGGCGAAGAAAACGAAGAUGAAGAGCUCUAUGAAGAUCAACCGGAAGAUUGGCAGCAAGAAGAUGGAAAGGAAGGUGUACAGGAAAACGGGAAUCCUACCAAACCUGCAACUCGUCGUACUGGAGGAGUAGCAGCUGCGAAUAUUGAUUGGCGGGUUGAUAGUCUCUUACGACAAUUGCUUCCUCAUUCGGAUAUUUGGAUCGAGAUGCGUGGCUUACGAUCUGGAAAGGCGCGGGAUUGUCAUGGCGAAGUAUGCGUGUACGGAUUAGGAAGGCCAUGUAAAGCCAGAAACGUACCUUUACCCAAACUUCCAAUGCCUGCUGAUCCAUUAACCGAAAUACGAAGUCAAGAUCGUACACUUUCACAAUUUAAUCAACUCUCUCUUUCAUCCGCUACAAAAUCCCUCUUUGAUAAUAACAACAACAACAAAGCGGCACAUGAUAAACAAAUAUCUGCUCUUGAGAAAAGUACUCUCAAAUUCACUUUGCACGCUUGGAAGAUGGAAGUUUGGUGUGAAGGACGUGAAAAAGCAAUGUUAUUCCGUAUCGAUCCUAAUGGCGAGGCAAUGGCUUGGAGUAGAGGCGCAGCUCAUGGCACAGCAGACAAUCGCAAUGAGGAAAUGUAA